AUGUACACACUCAACUGCGCCGACGGCCUCUCCCUCGGCACAGACGUAUACGUCCUCGACAUACACAGGACAUCUGUUGGUCUCGCUUCUAUCUCAUCAGACCAAUUCCUCUCUGUCCUCGACCCAACUCGUCUCUCGGCAGGCCCUCUGCAUCGUCUUCCCACUCAGCACGGCAACUUGACCACAUUGCGUGUAUUUGAAAGCAAUGCUUCGGUUGUGUGUACUUCUGGUGAGAAUGGAACUGUUGGUGUGUGGGAUUUGAGACAGGGUGCGAAUGUUGUGCAGUUUCAAGCUAGCCAAGCUCCUAUUCUAUCUAUGGCUUGUAGUUUUGAUACACAGACCAUCGCCGUAGGAACAGAACUCCAAAACCACACAGCAUCAAUCCAUCUCUGGGACGUCCGCUCAACACCAUCGUCCAAAGCACACUACCAAGAAGUCCACAGCGACGACGUAACAGACCUAUCCUUCAACCCCUCCAACUCAGCUCUUCUCCUCUCCGGCUCAACAGACGGUCUCGUCAACGUUUACGAUACCCGCGUUGCAGACGAAGACGAUCUCACAGUACAGACUUGCAACGUCGACGCUUCUAUUCACCGUGCUGCGUGGCUUUCAGCGACAGAAGUAGCUGCUCUAUCUCACGAUGAGCGCUGUGCUCUUUAUGAUGUCAGCGAGGAGCGCGCAAACGGUGAUGCCGUACAGGACUUUGGCGAUAUGAGAUCUGCUCUGGGAUGUCAGUACGUCGCCGACAUUACGCCCAAGAUGGAUGGUAGCGGAGCUAUUCUCGGUGCUGGAGCUCAAGAUAAACAAGCAUUUGAGCUUGUCUUUCUUGCUAAGAAUCCCAAUGGCGAGGGAUGGGCGCUGGAUCGGGAGAACAGCGUUGGCUUGCCUGGUGCUCAUGGGGAGGAGAUUGUGAGGUCUUUCUGCUUCUUUGACGAGGCCCAUGUGGUGUAUACUGCCGGUGAGGACGGAAAUGUCAAGGCCUGGAGGCCCAAUUAA